UGGUUAUCUCACAGGCGACCCGAACAUGCGCCCUCUACCGUGCUUGGGAGAUGCGUGAUGCAUGCUGAGUGUUAUGAACAACUGACCACCACCAUAUCGCAAAACAACAUCCGCCAUCAUGGACGUGGCAUCGGCGGUCCAGAACUACAUCUCCAAGAUCGCAGGAGUCGGCGAAGGCGCAGCGGCUACACAGUCCUCGAAGAUGAAGAUACUGUUGCUGGACUCGAGUACAGUCUCGAUAGUCUCCACCGCCAUUACGCAGUCAGCACUCCUCAAACACGAAGUCUUCCUCAUCGACCGGCUCGACAACCCUGCACGAGAACGGAUGCGGCACCUCAGAUGUCUAUGCUUCGUUCGGCCCUCCCCAGACUCGAUACAACUUCUCAUUGAUGAGCUGCGCGAACCAAAAUAUGGAGAGUACAAUAUCUAUUUCAGCAACAUCAUCAAAAAGUCGUCUCUAGAACGUUUGGCAGAAGCGGACGAUCAUGAAGUGGUCAAGGCUGUACAGGAAUACUUUGCCGACUAUAUCGUGGUCAAUCCGGACCUAAUGUCGCUGAACAUGUCAUUUCCGGCGCAGCGACUCUGGAGCCACAGUCCAGACAUCUGGAAUACGGAUGCCCUGCAAAGGACAACAGAAGGGGUGAUUGCACUGUUGUUGUCGCUGAAGAAGAACCCUUUGAUACGAUAUGAGAAGAACAGCCUCAUGGCCAAAAAGCUAGCAACCGAGGUCCGAUAUCAAAUCACCCAAGAGGAACAGCUGUUCGAUUUCCGGAAGACGGACACCCCACCAAUAUUAUUAAUCUUAGAUCGAAGAGAUGACCCCAUAACACCUCUACUUACACAAUGGACCUACCAAGCCCAGGUACACGAAUUGCUGGGCAUCCAUAACGGCAGGGUAGAUCUCAGCGUCGUGCCGGAUGUCCGGCCAGAGUUGAAAGAAAUUGUCCUCACACAAGACCAGGAUCCGUUCUUCAAGAAGAACAUGUAUCAGAAUUUUGGCGAUCUAGGCGGAAGUAUCAAAGAGUACGUUGAUCAGUACCAGACACGGACCAAAUCAACGGCUCAGAUCGAAUCGAUAGACGAUAUGAAACGCUUCGUUGAAGACUAUCCCGAGUUCCGCAAGCUGUCAGGGAAUGUGUCUAAGCAUGUCACGCUGGUCAGUGAGCUGAGUCGCCGGGUUUCGGCUGAUUUGUUGCUGGAUGUAUCAGAGCUCGAACAAAGCCUGGUAUGCAACGACAAUCACGCUACAGACCUGAGAACGCUUCAACAACAGAUCCAGAACCCCAACAUUCCAGCCGACAACAAGAUCCGGCUGGUAGCAUUGUAUGCAAUCCGGUAUGAACGAAAUCCCAACAAUGCACUCCCCGUGCUCCUCGACCUCCUCACCACUGUUGCCGACAUCUCAACCCAUAAACUCUCUAUAAUCCCAAAAGUACUUGCAUACCACCACAGUCUGCAGCCGGCACCCGUUGCUGGUGGGUUCACCGACCUAUUCGAGUCUGCAUCGUCACCGUUCAGCCACUUCCGACGUAACUUGAAUCUUAAAGGUGUCGAGAAUGUCUACACCCAACAUUCACCUCGCCUCGAAACAACUCUGCAGAACCUGAUCAAAGGACGUCUGAAGGAGCUGCAGUACCCCUUCCUCGAGGGCCAUACCCGGGACAAACCACAGGAUAUUAUCGUUUUCAUGAUAGGCGGAGUUACGUACGAGGAAACCAAAAUGGUGGCUCAGGCGAAUGCCUCUGUACCUGGCGUGAGGAUAGUCUUGGGCGGUACUACAGUGCACAACUCAGCUACAUUCCUUGAAGAGGUUGAUGAUGCUGUGGGGAGCUGGCCUGACCAGGCUCCGGCGACUGCACAAGGGAGGCUAGGCAAGGCUGUGGGAAGAUGAGGCUAGAGAAUGUGCACGCGAUGAGACGAAGUCAUGACUUGAGCUGGACACGCUUGGCUGCUGACGAAGCGAUGAUUUUCGCUAAACACAGAUGAAAAGCUUUCA